GAUUCAUUUGAUAUCCCAAAAACCUCUAUAGCUUCUUGUAUCCCAAACAUCUCGAGCUUCUUGUACACCAAAUUAGGUAUUCACUAUGGAAUUCAGAGUUCACUUGCAAGCUGAUAAUGAGCAGAAAUUUUUUCAAAACCAGAUGAAACCCGAACCUGAAGCCUCUUACUUGAUUAAUCAAAGACGGUCUGCAAAUUACAAGCCAAAUAUUUGGAAGAACGAUUUCCUAGAUCAAUCUCUUAUCAGCAAAUACGAUGGAGAUGAGUAUCGGAAGCUGUCUGAGAAGUUAAUAGAAGAAGUUAAGAUUUAUAUAUCUGCUGAAACAAUGGAUUUAGUAGCUAAGUUGGAGCUCAUUGACAGCGUCCGAAAACUAGGCCUCGCGAACCUCUUCGAAAAGGAAAUCAAGGAAGCCCUAGACAGCAUUGCAGCUAUCGAAAGCGACAAUCUCGGCACAAGAGACGAUCUCUAUGGUACUGCAUUACACUUCAAGAUCCUCAGGCAGCAUGGCUAUAAAGUUUCACAAGAUAUAUUUGGUAGAUUCAUGGAUGAAAAGGGCACAUUAGAGAACCACCAUUUCGCGCAUUUAAAAGGAAUGCUGGAACUUUUCGAGGCCUCAAACCUGGGUUUCGAAGGUGAAGAUAUUUUAGAUGAGGCGAAAGCUUCCUUGACGCUAGCUCUCAGAGAUAGUGGUCAUAUUUGUUAUCCAGACAGUAACCUUUCCAGGGACGUAGUUCAUUCCCUGGAGCUUCCAUCACACCGCAGAGUGCAGUGGUUUGAUGUCAAAUGGCAAAUCAACGCCUAUGAAAAAGACAUUUGUCGCGUCAACGCCACGUUACUCGAAUUAGCAAAGCUUAAUUUCAACGUAGUUCAGGCCCAACUCCAAAAAAACUUAAGGGAAGCAUCCAGGUGGUGGGCAAAUCUGGGCUUCGCAGACAACUUGAAAUUUGCAAGAGAUAGACUGGUUGAAUGUUUCUCAUGUGCUGUGGGAGUAGCAUUCGAGCCUGAGCACUCAUCUUUUAGAAUAUGUCUUACCAAAGUCAUCAACUUAGUACUGAUCAUAGACGACGUCUAUGAUAUUUAUGGCUCAGAGGAAGAGCUAAAGCACUUCACCAAUGCUGUUGAUAGGUGGGAUUCUAGGGAAACUGAGCAGCUUCCAGAGUGUAUGAAGAUGUGUUUCCAAGUACUCUACAACACUACUUGUGAAAUUGCUCGUGAAAUUGAGGAGGAGAAUGGUUGGAACCAAGUAUUACCUCAAUUGACCAAAUGGGCAGAUUUUUGUAAAGCAUUAUUGGUGGAGGCAGAGUGGUAUAAUAAGAGCCAUAUACCAACCCUUGAAGAGUACCUAAGAAACGGAUGCAUUUCAUCAUCAGUUUCAGUGCUUUUGGUUCACUCGUUUUUCUCUAUAACUCAUGAGGGAACCAAAGAGAUGGCUGAUUUUCUUCACAAGAAUGAAGAUCUUUUGUAUAAUAUCUCUCUCAUCGUUCGCCUCAACAAUGAUUUGGGAACUUCCGUGGCUGAACAAGAGAGAGGGGAUUCUCCUUCAUCAAUCGUAUGUUACAUGAGAGAAGUGAAUGCCUCUGAAGAAACAGCUAGGAAGAACAUUAAGGGCAUGAUAGACAAUGCAUGGAAGAAAGUAAAUGGAAAAUGCUUCACAACAAACCAAGUGCCUUUUCUGUCAUCAUUCAUGAACAAUGCCACAAACAUGGCACGUGUGGCGCACAGCCUUUACAAAGAUGGAGAUGGGUUUGGUGACCAAGAGAAAGGGCCUCGGACCCACAUCCUGUCUUUACUAUUCCAACCUCUUGUAAACUAGUACUCAUAUAGUUUGAAAUAAAUAGCAGCAAGAAGUUUGCGGUUCAGUUCGUCAUGGAUAAAUUAAUCUUUACAGUUUGUAACGUUGUUGCACAAAGAUUAUGAAUAAAAAGUUGUAGUUUGUCGUUUA